AUCCCCACAAUUGACAGAAACAAACGUGUGUGUGUGUGUGUGUUAAUAUCAAUAUCAUCAUAUUUAAUUUUCCUUUCCUCAUAAGGGGCCACCAGUGCUUGUAAGGGUUAAUAAUGUUUGACAUACUGACCUCUGACUGUCCUCUGACGUAUGCGGCGCACCGGUGCGCGUGCUCGAGGCAGCGGCGGCGCGUGCACGCGCAGCUGUCAUGAGUGGAAGAUGAGCGACACCGUGAUCGCGGAGGGAGCAAUUAAACUCAGAGACGGGCGAAAAUGGAGGAGCUGCUGGCUGGUUCUGCGCAAACCCUCACCGGUCGCAGAUUGUCUGGUGCUGUACGUGUAAGAGCGCGGUGUGAAGGAGAGGAGCGUGACGCUGGAGCACAUCUGCGGUCUGGAGGCGUGUGUCGGCGGCGACGGCGUUCCCUUCAUCCUCUCCAUCCUGUGUCUCAGUCAGACCACCGUGCUCGGCUUCGACAGCAGGGAGGCGCUGCAGAGCUGGGACCUGCGGCUGCGCUACUGCCUCGGAGAAGUCCACAGUUUCAGUGUAUCCGUGCUGCCCGGCACUAAACUGGAAAGCGGCCCGGCGACUCUGCAUUUGUGCAACAAUGUCCUGGUCAUCGCUAAAGACCUGCCGGCUGUCAUCAUCGGUCACUGGAAUCUGCUGGACCUGCGGCGAUACGGGCCGGUCAGCAACGGGUUCGUGUUUGAGGGAGGAACACGCUGUGGUUACUGGGCCGGCGUGUUCUUCUUGUCCUGCGCUGAGGCCGAGCAGAUCAGUUUUCUCUUCGACUGUAUUGUUCGUGGCAUUUCCCCGUCCAGAGGCCCGUUUGGACUGAAGCCACUGCUGCCAGAGCCCAGCAUCAGUGCAGCUUCAGCGCAGGACAGACUGAAGCAUGAGGCAGAGGAGCUGGAGCGGAGGCUCAGUCUGCUGUCUCACAGCACAGCUUCCAGCUCGCACUUCAGCUCUUCGCUUGCCGGCGACGACCGCAGCUUUUCCGGUUUCUCUGACACAUCAGACACGAGCCAAUCAGAAUGCAGCAUUAGCGGUCGCCCUGCACUGUGGAGCGAUCUGGUUCUGCCCGGCUCUGCCGAAACGUCUCAGGUGGAGGAGAAACUCCAGGUCCUGGCCAAUCGUGUUCGCUCACGGAAGCUGAAAGAGUCCGGCCGACAGAACUCGUCCGACAGCGGCAUCGUGACCGGCAGCUUCUCAUCCUACAGCGGGAGUCUGGAUGCUGCCAGUCCGGGAGAGGAAUACGGCGCGCUGUUUAACCUGCCAGAGAAACACAUGUGCUCCUGCUCAUCCUGUCCCGUCCAUGAAUACCAGGUUCCCUCGUCCCUGCGGUUCCUGUACGACUCUCCCCGCAGCCUGCUGGAGGUCAGCAGACACAGCAGCACACCUCAAGACGAGCCCUGCGCUGAAUCUCCCAGCCAAUCAGAUUCAGAGCUUGAUAAAGAGGAGGAAUCACAGACAAGGGAGGGCCUAAUAAAAGGGGAGGAGUCACAGGGAUUAUCCUGUAGUAAAAGCUGCUGUUCACUUCCUCCUGCCAGGAUGAAAUCACUCUUCACCUCCUGCCCCAUCUGCGGAGGACUCAAGGGCUCUUUUCCACAUCAUUCACUGCCUGCUGCACCAGCGCCAGGUGACCAUUCAGCCACGCCCACCGCUGAUGUCACCGAACCACCAACCAAUCAGGAGCCAGUGGAGAUCAGACACUCGUCUUCGACCAAUCAGGAUCCACGGAAUGUUGAAUGCUCACAGAGCAAUGAGGAGAAGCGAUCGGAGGACUACGACUCCAGUCUGUCUGAUCUCCUGUCACACUACAGUCCUGCUGCGAGAGCGGACAGAAGCAGCGUCUACGAGGCCAUGGCAGCGUCCAGACACACCGUCCUGUACGAGAACUGCGUCCAGUGCAGGAGAGGAGAGGACAGCUGCCGGAUCCUCAGACCCACUCCUCUGCUUGUCCAGGAACUGAGGAGAAACAUCUCAGAGUCCUCCUGCUCCUCCACAGUCGCUCUGCAGCGAAUACCUGCAGAAGAUAACAGAGAGAGAAUAUGGGCAGAGAAAGGAAGACCUUAUGAAAUCAUGGACAGCCGAUCACCAGACAGGAGUCCAGAGGAGGAGCUCCUGGCGGCUUCGCAGAAGAUUUCUCCUCUUCUGACUGAAGCACUGACAGACAGACUCAGAGGAGACGCGGUGACGUACGUUAAUAUCCCCACCAGCCCCACGCCCAAAAAACAGCUGCAUUACAUGGAACUGGAGCUGCAGGAGUCCAGCGCCGCCAUCAGAGGCAAAAGCUCCAGUAAAUAUGCUCAGAUAGACAUCACAGCGACGGAGGCGGCUUACAGAGCAGGUUCCCAGCAUGCACUGGGGCGAGAGGAAGGUCUGCAGAGACUGGAGCAGCAGAGGAGACGACGAGGUCUUCCUCAUGCUGAAGAGAGAUCGACUCUCUGCAUCAGUCCAGACAGUAAAACACAGAAUGUAGCAUAGCGUAGGGUCUAGUAUGUCUUGUAGUGAACAGGGAAUGAGCGCAUGUAAUAUAUAUUCACACAAACCUGCUAAACACACAUUCAGUCUACAGUGAAUAGAUAUCUGUGUUCUCAUGUUAGAUAAAUGUGUGCAAUGCACAGAACCUGAAAUGCAUUUCUUUUAUUUAUUAUGUUUUAAAAUGCAGAAUAUCCGUUGAAUUGCUUUCUAGUUGCAUUUGUAUGAAAUAGGCUGCAUUUGUGUAGCAUCUUUAGUCUUUUUAUUAAAGUAUUCAAGUGUACCGAGCCUUUUUUCAUUAAACUGCUGAUUUUGUA